UUUGUCUGGACUACGGGGACCUCCCAGGCCGACACGCUGCAAUCUGGGGUUUUCAUGUUGUCUGGGUCGCACUGCGGCCGGAGGGAUAUCUAUGCUGUGUCCUGAGCCAAUGAUCACUUGAGUUCAUGCAUGGAGCUAAGUGGUUUGAUUGGUGUGGUGUGCGCCACAACGCCAUGAAGUGGCUGUGCCUUUUCCAGGUCUCACCGGAAUCUACUCGGGUAUGUAAUGCGUCCGCGACUUCUUGACUCAUUGCUUUCGCUCUCUCAUCCACUUUCCCAGAGCCCAUGUCGAUUACGAUGAGAUCUUGAUCCACAAUAGCUGAGAGAUAUAUUACAUGUAGCUAUUGCGUAGCGACAAUGACGUACUGGACACAAUUCUGGGGGCGGUUCUUCAAGUUCAGCUCCCUUCCCUUCUACCUUGACCGAUGGUUAUUACGGCUGCCUACUGGAUGGCAUUUCACCUUCGGAUUCUGGAUCAGAUGUACCGUUGACAGUCCAGGAGCCCCACCCUCUGCCAUAUUAAACAACACCGAAGGAUAUCAUUGCCAUGUUCCCCUCGGCUGGGCAAAAGCGGAAGACCUUCGUCUGCUCAAGCUCCAUCCAGGAAAUCCUGGGGAUCCGAUCCGGAUCAGUCUGAUAGCGACGACUUCACAUGACGCACCCCCAUACGAGGCCAUAUCUUAUGUUUGGGGAAGUGAUCUCGAUCAUAGCGAGAUCAUUGUCGACGGCUCUCGAUUUAGGAUCACCAAAAAUCUUCACGACGCUUUCGAAGCUCUAAGGUACCCAGCGUCAGUACGAACGAUGUGGGCCGAUCAAGUCUGCAUUGAUCAAUCAAACGUAACCGAAAGGAAUCAUCAGGUUCGAAAGAUGGACAUGGUCUACGGAACUGCAAAAAGUGUUGUUGUUGACCUUCGUGUACCGACGGAACAGACGGGAACAGAUAUGCAACAUGUGCAGUCGUUUCUGCAACCUCACAUCAAAGGAAAAGAUGCGCCCUGGUCCCACAUUGCAAUACCCGACCUCGAACGUAGCGUUUCCAACAUCAUCGGCCGACGAUGGUUUGAACGAAUGUGGACCGUGCAAGAGGCAGUCCUGGCUCGGCAUAUCGUCUUACAAUGUGGCCAGUAUCGGAUUCAAUGGACCGCUGACUUACGUACAUUAAGAGCGUUGGUCUUUCGCGUCAAGUCUGCGAUCGUAUCUCCGCUCUACAAUCUUCACGAGCGGAAUGCGAAAGAGCUCGAUUGGAUGCCGUUGCUUCAUAUUCUUGAAUCUCAGAUGAGGCAGGCUGCUCGUAGAGGGGGCGUGGUUUCGCAGCGUAACCUUCUCGAUGUGGCUUUUGACUUUCGAUAUCGACGCUGUAGCGAUCCACGCGAUAAAUAUCUCGCUUUCCUCGCUAUCAUCGAAGAUGAUCAAAGGCGUUCAUCCGGUUUUAUCUCCGACUAUAGAAUGGGCACGGAAGAAGUGUAUGAGCAUUUCAGGGCUGCGGUUCAACAGCUCAGUGAGAUAGAAGAUGUUCCGCUUGCUUGAAUGUGCGAGGUGUGAACUACUGCUCCCGAAGAUUGCGAUAGAAACAAAUCUGUAAAUUAGGUUCCAAGAAGCACUCAGGAAUGGUCGCCGUAGUCGAGCUUAACAGUAUUGAAGUACCCUGGAACAGCUCUGAUAGUU